AUGGACACCUCAGUGCGACUCAGCCCCGAUGUGGUCGGCAAGCUGGUUACCUGCAGCGAAACGGGUUGGUCGCCAGAAGCACAGGCCCAGGAACUUGUUUGCCUUCAGACCAACAUCCCGGUCCCAGCCGUCCGGCGAGUGCUCCCCAUGGAUGACCUGUGUGUGCUUGUUAUGGACUACAUACCUGGCCACACUUUGUCGACUGUAUGGCACACCAUGUCGAUCUGGCAAAAAAUCAGUACCGCCGUUACCUUACGUCGAUAUGUUCACGAGCUUCGCUCCAUCCAUCACCCGAGGGGUGACAUACCUGGUCCCUUAGGAGAGGGCCGGGAGCCACUCCCAUGUAUCUCGUCGGUCCUCUUUACAGUUGAACGGGGCCCCUUUCCCUCCCAACAUGACUUCAUUCAAUUCUUCCACAUGGCUAAGGAGAAAGCCACCUGGCCCGGUGGUGUUGCGCUGGUGUGGCCUUCACGAAAGGAAGCUGGCGCGCUGGUAUUCUCACAUGUUGACCUUGCUAUGCGCAAUCUCGUGGUUGGGGAUGAUGGGCAACUAUGGUUGAUAGAUUUUGGGGAGGCCGGGUUUUAUCCACCAUGGUUCGAGUUUGUUAACAUGCUAGGGGACCAAAUCGUCGCUGCACAGGGUAAAGAACAUGAUGCGAUCUGGUGAGCGCUGAUACCUUUCAUAUGUGAUCCGUACAUCGAGUUGUAUAACUACAUAAUGACUAUACCUCCAUACU